AUGUUCAGGGUCACAUCCCCAACCGAGGCCGUGAUGUCUACUUGCAACCUCCUUGACACCCUCUCCCAUGUCUUCUCCCACCACGGUUCCGCCUCCACCCCCGACACCUUCGUCCAAUUUGGGGAAUUUGCCACCGCUGUCCUCCACAGCCUCCUCAUAGUCAUCUCCUACAGCCCCUUCAAUUGCGACAAGUGCGAUAUCAUCUACGCCUUGAUCGACAUCGUCAAGAGCCCCAAUUCGCCUCCAAGGUCCAUCAAAGAUGCUUUAAAGGCGCUCUUCAGGGCCUCUCUUUCUGCCCUCAACAGAUCCACAUGGGUCUGGCUUGGCUUUGUGGUUUCGCUGUUUGGACUACUCCUAAAGGAAGGGAGGGUUGGAUUGGUGGAGGCCGCCGGCAGUCGUGGCACAGAUCGCAGGGUGCGAAGAGAGUGA